AUGGACAUGGCUAGGAUGGAUUUGGAGAAUAUUAGGAGCAGGCCGAUCGGCGGGAUCGGCGGAAGCGGCGGGAUCAUGGCGGAGAGGCAGAUCAGGAGCAGCUAUAACGGCGGCCGUUGCAGGCGCGGUGGCGGUGGCGGUUAUCGUUCACUGCUGGAUCGAUAUCCUCGCUCAAGUACACACACUCUCCCGCUCUCUUCCCGCCAUUCCCCCCUCCUCCCCCCUACUACCCUCUCCUCCCCACCCUCCUCCCCCCCCCCCCACAUCCCCCUCUCUUCUUCUUUCCUCUACCCAUCCUCCCCGCUUCCUUCGCGUAUGGACUUUUAUGCCUCCCUUACCCCCCUCCCACCUCUUUCCCCCUUUCCCUCCCCAUUCACUCUUUCCCGUCCCCGCUGCGCUUUCUUAUUAAUAUAUCCUCCCUCCCCUUCCCUCCUCUCCUCCUCCCCUUUCUCGUGCCCUCUCCCUCUGGAUGUUCCUUCCUCUCUCUCAUUCUCCCUCCUCCCACUCACCUCCUCACUCACUCGUGCAAUUUCCCGCGCUCUCGCGUCCCCUCUGGCAUGCACGCGCGCCUGUCGCCUGCUUUUCACCUGCACGCAUCUUCUCAUGAGCCUACCUGAGCAAGUGCGGAUACUGGCAGCGUCAGCAGCGGCAAGCAACCGAGCCACACUGCGUGAACUAUCACGUCUCACAGCCAGCCUCAAAGAGUACGCGUCUCGUCCCCUGCCAGGCUGCAUUCUCUAUGUGGACGAUCGCUCACUCAACGCCUCCCACAUAGCAGGCCCCUGGCCCAUCUCCCCCCUCUCCAACCCCUCCUCCUCCGCCUCCUCCGCCUCCUCCGCCUCCUCUUCAUCAGAUGGCCGUGAUCCUGACUCUGGUUCCUCCUACCCUCACAAUUACAUGGAGGAGAACGGGGAGAACAUGCCGUACUGGGCUGCUUCAAAGAUUAUCAACCGGGCUUAUGCGCGCAAGCAUGGGUACCGAUUUGCUGUCAUGGAUCCCACGCGGUACCAACAAGAUCGACACUCCUCAUGGUUCAAGGUGCUGUUCAUCCAGGAGCAGCUCACGUGUUGCUGCCGGUGGGCCUUCUGCAUUGACUCUGACGCCUACUUCCGCUUCAACACCCACCAGCUCUCUGUGGAAUCCUGGCUCUCCCAGCUGCAAAUCGACGGCUACUUCGACUGGAUACCCAAGGAUUACGGGGCUAGUCUGGUAAACCAGACGCAUUUCCCUCGGGACCCAGCCACGCUCCUCCUGCCUGACGACGGCGACAAGGAUGCAGUCUUUGCGCUCUUCCCCCGGAACGUGGACGACCGUUACUCGCAGUACCCGCAUGCUCGAGCAGAGGCGCUUUUCAACCCUGAUCUCGAGUUCAUCAAUGCUGGCGUAUCCCUCUGGAGACGGUCGGCUGCUGCGAUUGAGGCAUUGCGUGUUUGGUACAGGGAGCAAGAGGAAAGUGAAUCUCUAUGGGAGCACCCUUGGGAACAACGUCGCCUUGCUCGAUUGGCUGCCUUCUAUCGCAAAAACAUGCUGAGUGUUUUGGCGCCCUUAACGGUCACGGGCGCAGGCCAAAGUGGUAACUUGAUAUCCGGGCUUGCACUUACACUCUCUUAG